GAACGCGCUUACUAAGAGAGUAAGGAGCGCGUCCUCUUCUCUGUCUUUCCUGCGCAGUGCCCCAUCGUGUCGGCACAACCACGUGCAUCCAGUAGUUAUUUGCUUGGUUCUUUUCUACGUCCUGUUCAUCGAAAUACACACGCUAUCACGAUGGUGAAGUUAGCGAAGGCAGCAAACAAACAAGCAAACCAGAAGAAAAAAGCCCCUCCACCUCCCAAAGAAGUGGAUGAAGAAUCAAGUGAAGAGGACAGUGAAGAGGAGGAGGAGGAGACUCCGCCACCAAAAGUGGUAAAAAAGGCUACACCAGCUAAAGCUGCCAAGGUUAAUGCCAAAAAUGGCCAAGCUGCCAAGAAAGCAAAAAGUGAAGAUGACGAAGAUGAGUCUGAUGAAGAGUCUGAAGAGGAGCCCCCACCACCCAAGAAAGGGGCUAAGCCUGCUGCAAAGGCCAAGCAAUUGAAAGCCAACCCUACAAAGGAGCCUUCAGAUGAUGAUGAAGAUGAUGAUGAUGAGGACGACGAUGAAGAAUCUGAGGAAGAGGCCCCUCCAAAGGCUGCAAAACAAGCUGCUAAGCCAAAAGCUAAGCCAGCUAAACAGGAGGAAGAGGACGAUGAGGAUGAUGAGGAUGAAGAUGAAUCAGAUGAGGAAAUGGACACAGCACCUGCUCCAGCAGCUGCCAAAGCAAAGAAGGCGGGCAUGGUAAAAGCUAAGGAGGAGUCUGAGGAUGAAGAUGACGACGAGGAGGAGGAUGAAGACGACGAGGGGGAGGAGGACGAAGAUGACGAGGAGGAGGAUGAGGACGCCCCGGCGACUCCUGCGAAGAGGAAGGCUGGGGGCAAGAAGGACACACCUCCUGCCAAGAAGGCAAAGUCUGAUGGAGAAGGUUUCUGUCUGUAUGUUGGCAACUUAAACGCAAACAAAGAGUUUGAUGAAAUCAAAGACGCAAUGAGGAAAUUCUUCUCCAAGAAUGACCUUGAGGUUUCUGAUGUCCGGUUAGGUGGUUCCAAGAAAUUUGGCUAUGUGGAAUUUUCAAGUGAGGAAGAUAUGGAAAAGGCACUGGAACUCAACGGCAAAAAGGUUAUGGGCCAGGAAAUCAAGAUAGACAGGGCCAAAACCAAGGGGGCAUCCCUGGAUUCCAAGAAAGAAAGGGACUCACGGACACUUUUUGUAAAAAACCUUCCCUUUGCUAUCACUGCUGAUGAAUUAAAGGAGGUUUUUGAAGAUGCAGUUGAUGUCAGGGUGCCAUUAGGCCAGAAUGGAACUGGUAGAGGAAUUGCCUACAUCGAGUUCAAAAGUGAGGCUGAUGCAGAGAAGACUCUGGAAGAUGCACAGGGUUCUGACAUUCAGGGGAGGUCCAUUGUUCUCGACUAUGUAGGAGAAAAAAGCCAAAAAGGACCCAAUGCGUUUGCAGCAGCUCCAGCCUCCAAAACACUAGUGGUGAAUAAUCUAGCCUUUAGCGCCACUGAAGAGACCCUGCAGUCUAUGUUUGAGAAGGCAGUUUCCAUUAGAAUCCCACAGAGAGAUGGUAGACCCAAAGGGUUUGCAUUUUUAGAGUUUGAAAGCACAGAAGAUGCAAAGGAAGCCAUUGAAACAAUGAACAACACAGAGCUUGAGGGUCGCACGAUGAGGCUUGAAUUUAGCCAGAACAGUGGCGGCAGGUCAGAAGGAGGAGGUCCAACAAAGACUCUUUUUGUCAAGGGUCUCUCAGAAGAUACCACAGAUCAAACCCUUAAGGCUGCAUUUGACACAGCAGUGGGUGCUAGGAUUGUCACAGACCGAGAAACGGGGUAUUCUAAAUGCUUUGGCUUUGUGGACUUCGAUAACGAGGAUGACUGCAAGGCAGCCAAGGAGGCUAUGGACCAAGGUGAAAUCGACGGGAACAGCGUGACCCUGGACUAUGCUAAGCCCAAGGGAGAAGGUGGCUUCCGUGGUGGGCGCGGCGGUGGUGGUUUUGGCGGUGGCAGAGGAGGGCGUGGCGGCUUCGGCGGUGGGCGUGGCGGCCGCGGAGGCGGCGGUGGUGGCUACGGCGGCCGUGGCGGAGGCGGAUUCGGCGGUGGAUUCGGCGGCAGAGGAAGAGGAGGUCCUCGUGGAGGGGGACGUGGACGCGGCGGCGGCUUUGGGGGUGGACGUGGUGGUGGAGGAUUUGGAGGCAAGCCCCAGGGGAAGAGAAUUAAGUUUGAUGAAUAAAUUCAUUUUCUUUUUUUCUGUUUUUUUUACUUCAUGGACUCUGGUUUAAUCUGUUUUCAGAGCUUUUGGACAUUCCAAAAAGCAUCCUUAAAUAUUUAACUGUAAGCGGGCAUUUUAGCCCCUGUAUUUAGAAUCUGCCAGCUUCACCUACCCUCCUGUGCCAAUAUGGCGCUAUGACCUUUCAACUCGCUCGAGUACUGAAUGUCCUGAGUAAUAUAACCUGUGCCCAUAAACCUCUUUAGUUUGUAAUUCUUAGAGGGACUGGGUCUGGCAAAACAAGUUUGCUGUGAAAACUGAGGCUAGUCCCCCACCCAUUGCCCCCCCCCCCCUCUCCCUCCGAUACAUACAUGUGUAAAUUAAACUGCUUGUAUAAUUUCUAUUUUACCAUUUUGUAAAAAAAAAUACACUUGUAUCCACUUGGUUUUGUUUGUCGUUUAGUUUGCUUUAGUCUUACUGUAAUGUGUAAAGCAUUUUGAUAGGAUUUGAAGAGAGUUUAGUGUUAUGGCGCUGGAAUAUUCAUGUUUAUCGGGACGUGUGUUAAGUUUGGAGAAAGACUGCACCUCAAUUGUGUAACAUGUUUGUAGUGUUGACUGUUUCCCAUUUGAGAAUACAAUUGUCUCGAUGAAUAAACCUUGAAGGUGGUGAUUUUUAA